AUGGCCUCCAUGUUCCUUUUCUCGCAGAGACUGCGAUGCCAAAAUUUCUCGCUAGCUCUUCCUCCCAAUAAAAUAUUUUCAUACUCUUCAACUCCAGUAGUGGCUUUCACCAGACAUAUCUUUCCUCCUUCUGCUGUUAGAAGUAGAUCCUUCCAAUCUUCUGCAGUGCACCAAUGGCGUUCAUCAGUUGUUCUUGACUCAUAUGUCGAAAAGCCGGCUCGUCCAAUUUCUCUACGGCAGUUGAUAUUUUUUGGUGGGCGCAAUCUUGAUGAGCGUCGUAUCAUCGAUUUCGCCAACUAUGUUCGGUCAGAGUUACCUGUGCGUAUAGCGCAUAGGAUAAGAGAUAUGCAAAAGCUACCAUAUGUCGUGGUCACGAAUCGACAUUUGUCAGAGGUCUACGAACUCUAUUACAGCGCGUUCGACGCAUUUCGAAAGAUUCCCGAGAUCAAGACCGUAGAGGACAACGAUAACUUCUGUCAAGUAGUCAAGAGAACCCUCAAGGAACACUUGACAGUGAUACCUAGUUUGGCUAUGGGCGUCUUAGAGUGCAGAGACUUGGUGCCCCCAGAAGAACUGGAUAAAUUCAUGAAUCGAAUCCUGCGUAGUCGGAUCUCUCGUCGAGUGAUCGCAGAGCAACAUCUUGCUCUUACGGACACCUUCAACUCACCUUUUCACUUCCCUGACUCUUCUCCCCACCACCAUACCGGUGCAGAUUUUGUGGGCGAAGUUUUUCCCCGCUGUAAUGCUCGCGAAGUUGUUGAGACAGUAGGAAAGCACGCUCAAGACCUAGCUCGUGAGGCCAACGGUCCCGAUUCCCGCGUCCCAGAAAUACAAAUCGAAGGCCACCUCGAUACCACGUUCCCAUACAUCCUUUCCCAUAUCGAGUACAUUAUUGGCGAACUUCUCCGAAACUCUAUUCAGGCCACCGUCGAUCGCCAUUCCUCUGCGGCCGAACUCCCGCCUAUCAAAAUUCUAAUCUGCCAUGCACCGCAACAUGUAAUAUUUCGUGUCUCAGACAGAGGCGGCGGGGUACCCGCUGAUGAGCUGGCCGAUCUCUGGUCAUUUGCCAAAGGCCCACGACCCCAGGCCAGACUUCAGAAUUUUUCACAGGUUCCGAAAAUGGCGGCUACUCUCCAAGAGUUGCAAAAGACAUCCCAUACACAUUCUCGUAGAGAGGGUCAAGACAGUUCUUUAUCUACAUUAACAUCUAGACCUCCUCAUCUACGACUGGGAAUGGGCUUGCCUAUGAGCAGAGUGUAUGCAGAAUACUGGGCCGGCAGUUUAGAACUUCACAGUCUAGAGGGCUAUGGAACAGAUGUCUUUUUACAAAUAUCAAAGCUUGGGAAUAAGAGCGAGCAACUGAACUUGGAUGGCGUGUAA